AGACAAGAACAAUUAAAACGACAUCUUACAUAGAUAGAUGUAGAGCAUGGAUAUACCUUGGGACACUUAUGCCAAUUUAGAUAAAAAGGUAAAGACUGAAGGCAUAAACCAAACCAAAGACUGGUCUCCUGACCAAGGAAAGAUGACCAAGGAUAAAGUGUUCCCGAUGAGCACAUCAGAACCAGGUUCAGGCAGUUCAUGGAGGAGACCCUUCCUACUGGCUACAGUGUGUCUGGGGCUGCUGUAUGUUCUCAUGCUGACUGGGUUCAUCAUCCUCUCUGUCUACUACUCUGGGACCCAGAAUAAGGUGGAGGAUUUAGAGACCUACAAGGCUGCAUCAGGGUCCAUGGUGCAGUACCUGAUGGACCAAAAUGUGGUUAACAAGAAGAAUGUGGCAGCCCUGAAGAACACGGUGAAGAACCUGACAGACGAAUUAACGCGUAGUGAGAUCAAGGUGGCAGCUCUGGGAAACAUAUUACCAAAAAGCCAGGUGGCGUUUGCUGCUUCUCUGGGAAACGUUGGCCUCAUUGGUAUGUUCGACGGUACUGUGACCUUGAAAUAUCAACACGUCACCAGCAACAUUGGAGGAGGCUACAACCCAACCACAGGGAUCUUCACUGCUCCUGUCCGGGGAGUCUACUUCUUCAUGAUCACUGGUAUUACCUACUACACUCGCUUCAUGUUGCUGAUGAUGAUGAAGAAUGGUGAUCAUGUGAUAGCUACCUACCAGAAUCCUGCUGCCAAUUCCUGGCAGACAGCAACCAACAGCGUGUCUUUGACCCUGGAGAUAGGGGACCAGGUCUAUAUUCAGCUCUUUCCAUACACCUCGGUCUAUGACGACCCAUUUGGAUACACAACUUUCAAUGGUCAACUCCUCUUCCCUCUGAUCUGAUUGGCCCCCUGCUCAAUGGAACAAGAAUGAAUUAAACCCCAAAUAAAUCACACGUACUGGCAUACAAGAUUUAUUAUUAUUAUUCUUUGUAUAAGAUUUAAGCAGUCUGGUUUAUUGUUCUUCACACAUGCUUUAAACUAUCUAAUUUACUCUUCUUCAUGUAAGCUUUAAAAUGAUUCAUUCAACACCUAGGAAGUGCCAGGUUUCUGAUGCUAAUGUUAACUCAUUGUUCAUUGAUGAACGUGAAUUUCCCAGAAAGAGAAAGCUCUAAGCAAAUAACUACAACAUUUCUGGAACAAUGUGAAGUAAGCGUUUUAGAUGUUAUGAAAUAAAAUAAUGACAAUAAAAGAAUUCUCUCUGCUGAAA